AUUUUACAGUGAAACUUGAAUGUGCAUCUUCCUUUAGAAUUCACUCGUUUCUUCAAGUUGUCAUCCCUAUGUAUCAUAAAAUUAGUUAAGGUACGUUACUUAACAGUCAUUUGUUUAAGCGAAGCUUACCAUAUUUUAUGCGUAUAUUUCUGGUCAGAAAGCAAAUAUUGGUCUAUUUUUCAUUCCUAGAAUACAAAAUCUAUAGCAGUAAUAUAAGGGGCUUAUUGGGCUGCAAUAACUGCGCAGCUGAGACGGUUAUAUAAUAUUCUAUUAGCAGCAUUUUCGACUACACAAAAGUCUUUAAGCGAAUUGAAUUUCGAAUUUUUCUUCUAUGAUGCCAUGAAUUACAGUAUUUCUGGGGUUAGAACAGAAUCAACUAAUUUCCUUUGCAAAAGGUGUAUUACGAUUACAAUAUUGCUUUUUAGUUUUCACGCGUGAUUCAAAGGUGAAAGGGGUGACUCCUACGUGUUUCGCGAAACUGUUUUUGAAGAAAAGGGACAAGGCCCACACCAAAUUCGGAACACUUUCAGAUGGCACUUCGUGGAGUGAUGAGGGGCACAUUGAACCGUGUGCCAGUGCUGGCAAGUCGUGGCAUGACUUCAGCUGCCUCUGAUGAGGUGCUGUUUGAAGUCAAAAAUAGAGUGGGAAUCAUCACCAUGAACCGGCCCAAGCAGCUGAACGCUCUCAACCUGAACAUGAUCCGCCAGAUCCACCCAAAGCUGAAGGAGUGGGAGAGUCAGCUGGGUGUGGUGAUGAUCAGAGGUGCCGGCGGUAAGGCAUUCUGCGCGGGCGGUGACGUGGUUUCCAUCACAAAGGCGGGCCGGGCCGGCGAUCCUUUGGCCGGCGACUUUUUCCGCGCUGAGUACCGUCUGAACCGUCUGACAGGGGAGCUGGCCAUCCCGUACGUGGCGCUGCAGCACGGUAUCACCAUGGGAGGCGGCUGCGGCAUGUCCGUACAUGGAAAGUACCGGGUAUGCACGGAGAAGACGCUGUUUGCCAUGCCGGAGACGGCCAUUGGCUUUCUGCCGGACGUCGGUGGCUCACACUUCCUGCCGCGACUGCAGGGUCGGCUCGGUCUGUUCCUGGCUCUCAGCGGGUACCGACUCAAGGGCCGCGAUAAUCUGCACGCGGGGAUCUCUACUCACGCGUGCGACUCUGCCUUGCUCGAUGACCUGGUGGCAGAGGUGGCUGAGGGGGGCGUCAGCCGACUGCAGGCCAUCCUCGACAGCUACACACAGAAGGCCGAGUUCGACAAAGGGAAACCGUUCUCCCUGGAGCCACAUAUGGAGACAAUAAAUCGGUGUUUUGCCAGCGAUUCGGUGCCGGAGAUCCUCUCUGCACUGGAGAAGGAUGGGUCUGAGUUCGCCAGUAAGAUCCACGCCACGCUGCUGAAGAUGUCUCCCACGGCGAUGGUGAUCACUGCCGAGCAGCUGCGGCGCGGAGCCUCGCUCUCGCUGGCCGACUGUCUGCGCAUGGAGGUGCGACUCUCCGACAGGUUCCUAGAGGAUAACGACUUCUAUGAGGGCGUGCGGGCGGUGCUGGUGGAUAAGGACCAGAGCCCUGUGUGGAAGCCGGCCACCGUGGCGGAGGUACCGGCCGACAUUGUGGACCGCUACUUUGCCCCGCUGCCCGCCGACCGGGAGCUCCAGUUCUGAUCAGGAACUCCUGGCUCUGAGUGCCGGGCUGGGAUGGAGCGACGGUCGGCGAUAGGUAUCGAUGCCAUGGGGCUAUAACGGGUCGGGAUACUGUGAACUUGUGAUGCCGAUGUGUUGCUGAUUUGGCAUCAAUUGUCGUUGACGGUGGUAGUGUGGUAACUUUGUAAACUGUACUAUGGAAGGGUGUCUGAUGUUGAUCUGUUGUUAACCCAGCUGCAGCAGCUACUGUGAUCGCCAUGUGGUUGGUGCAGUAAAGUGCAGUCCGGUCAGUGUGACCAGUGGUCACUGAGUAAUAACAGUUUAUCAUUGAUUGUCGGUGGUCAUUGUCCAGUUUAUACCUUCCGCCCUAAAACGAGAAGGCUGCUCCAGUACUUUUUCCUAGCGUUAGCUGAAUCAUGAAUGAAAUUGGUAGUGGUCAUGACCGGUAUUAGGUACAUGUGAUAGUGCAAUAUAUACUGACCUUGCGA